CAUAAGAAGAGGUGUUCACCCAGACAGAGCUGCUUUUUCAUCCACAGCGAGUAAAGAAGUGAAUCUACAGGAGAGAAACAAACUAACGUACCGAUCAAAAACCACUACCAACGUCUGGAUAAAUAUCUGCAUCGAUCCGCCCAUCCUUGUCUCCUGGAUCGUAGCUGAGAGAAAGAGUUGCAGCUUCAUCACGGACUUUCUCUCGGUUUGUGGGCUCAUCUAAAGGACCAACGUGGAUCGAGAAGUCAACGCUCUCAGGAGCCCGACAAAUUCGUUGAAGAAAGAAGUGGAAGAAAAAAAUACAACUGUGACGAGUUUGGGAAAGAUUUUACUGUGAAAGCUUCCCUAAAAAUGCAUCAGGUCAUCCACACUGGAGAGAGACCGUUCAGCUGUGACGAGUGUGGAAAGUCUUUUACCCACUCUGGAAGCUUAAAAACACACCAACUCAUCCACACUGGAGAGAGACUGUUCAGCUGUGACGAGUGUGGAAAGUCUUUUACCCACUCUCGAAACUUAAAAACACACCAACUGAUCCACACUGGAGAGAGACCGUUCAGCUGUGACGAGUGUGGAAAGUCUUUUACCCACUCUCGAAACUUGAAAGCACACCAACUGAUCCACACUGGAGAGAGACCGUUCAGCUGUGACGAGUGUGGAAAGUCUUUUACCCAGUCUGGAAACUUGAAAGCACACCAACUCAUCCACACUGGAGAGAGACCGUUCAGCUGUGGAGACUGUGGAAAGUCUUUUACCCGCUCUGGAAGCUUAAAAACACACCAACUCAUCCACACUGGAGAGAGACUGUUCAGCUGUGAGCAGUGUGGAAAGUCUUUUACCCACGCUGGAAGCUUAAAAACACACCAACUGAUCCACACUGGAGAGAGACCGUUCAGCUGUGACGAGUGUGGAAAGUCUUUUACCCACUCUGGAAGCUUAAAAAUACACCAACUCAUCCACACUGGAGAGAGACCGUUCAGCUGUGAUGAGUGUGGAAAGUCUUUUACCCACUCUGGAAACUUAAAAACACACCAACUCAUCCACACUGGAGAGAGACCGUUCAGCUGUGACGAGUGUGGAAAGUCUUUUACCCACUCUGGAAGCUUAAAAACACACCAACUCAUCCACAGUGGAGUUAAAGCGUACAGCUGUGAUCAGUGUGGCAGAGCUUUUACUCGCAGUAGCAGCUUACAGAGCCAUCUAGUUACCCACUCUGGAAUUAAGGCAUACAGCUGUGACAUUUGUGGAAAAACCUUCAGCCAGAUAGGGAGCCGAAAUACACACCUACGCAUUCACACCAGACAUGAUGUGUACUGCUGUGAGCAGUGUGGCAAACAGUUUGCUACAAACACAGAGUUACGAUGUCACAUGUUUACCCACUCUGAGGAGAGACCUUAUAAAUGUGACCUGUGUGAGAAGACUUUUAAAUCUCCACGUUACCUGAAAGCACACCAAAAGAUCCACACUAGAAAGACUCUACAAGUGCAGCUACUGUGAGAAGCAGAGCAACACAGAUGGAUCAAGUUCUCA